AGCCGCGGUGCAGCAGAGGUUCAUGCAGCGGCGGCGGCGGCGGCGGCUGCUGCUGCUGCCGCCGCGGAAACAGACAGACCGGGCGCUGCCGCCGCCACCCUCCUGCAGCUCCAUGCCGCCACCGCCGCCGCCGCCUCCUCCUCCUCUCCGGCGACGGGCGGGGGGCUCCGGCCCGGGGUGGGCACCACUCCUCGCAGCGCCGCUCCCCUCCCUGCCCUCCGCCGGGGCACGGGAGCCGGAGAGAGCGCCCGCCGCCUCCUAGGAGCGCACGCUCCGCGCGCCCUUGCUGGAGCGAGGAGGCGGGCGUGGGCGGGCGUCGGGGCAGCCGCGACCCAGCGCGCGGAAAGGGGAGGGGGCUUCCCCGGAGGAUGCCCCGCGGCGGCGGCUCCUCGCUCUUAGGCGCUAGCUGAGCUGGACCGGGAGCGAGCUGCGCGUCGCCAUGCCGGCGUGACGGGCGCCCGCGGCUGCCCGCGCCGGGCCCCCGCGCUGCCCCACGCCGCGCCGCGCCGGCGCCGGGCGGCAGGAUGGGCUGUAUCCAAAGCAUCACCUGCAAGGCGCGGAUCCGGCGCGAGAACAUCGUGGUGUACGAUGUGUGCGCCACCAUCGACCAGUGCCCCACGCGCAUCGAGGAGACCUCGCCCAUCGUCCUGCGCUACAAGACCCCUUACUUCAAAGCCUCGGCCCGUGUGGUCAUGCCCCCCAUCCCCCGCCACGAGACCUGGGUGGUGGGCUGGAUCCAGGCAUGCAACCAGAUGGAGUUCUUCAACACCUACAGCGACCUGGGCAUGUCAAGCUGGGAACUGCCUGACUUGAGGGAAGGGAGAGUAAAAGCCAUCAGUGACUCAGACGGGGUGAGCUACCCAUGGUAUGGGAACACGACAGAGACUGUGACCCUGGUUGGCCCCACCAACAAGAUCUCCAGGUUCUCCGUCAGCAUGAAUGAUAACUUCUACCCCAGCGUGACAUGGGCAGUGCCAGUGAGUGACAGCAAUGUGCCACUGCUCACAAGGAUCAAGAGGGACCAAAGUUUUACCACAUGGCUGGUGGCCAUGAACACCACCACCAAGGAGAAGAUCAUACUGCAGACCAUCAAGUGGAGGAUGAGAGUGGACAUUGAAGUGGACCCUCUUCAGCUGUUGGGGCAGCGGGCCCGGCUAGUGGGCAGGACUCAGCAGGAGCAGCCCCGGAUCCUGAGCCGGAUGGAGCCCAUCCCCCCUAACGCACUAGUGAAGCCCAAUGCCAACGAUGCCCAGGUCCUCAUGUGGAGGCCCAAGCGGGGACCACCUCUGGUUGUGAUACCUCCUAAGUAAAAGCAGACUGCCCGACUGUGUGUGGAACACAUGCCACUGAGACCCGCAGUGGGGUGACCAGGGGUGGCAGGAGCCAAACUGAGUUUCUGAGCCAAAGCAGACCCUCUUGGUGUGCCAGCCUUUGCAGCUACUUGUGAUGAGUACAGCUGUUCCUUGGGCGGUAGAACCAUAACCCUUAGGAAAAGCCCCUUCCUCUUAGGAAUAAAGAAACCACUGAUUUGA